AUGGAAAAUCACGGCGAUGAUCCGAAUAGCUCCGAGAGGGCGGAGCCGGUGAGGUCACGGUGGACGCCGAAGCCGGAGCAGAUUCUGAUUCUUGAAUCUAUUUUCAAUAGUGGAAUGGUGAAUCCACCAAAAGAUGAGACGGUCAGAAUUAGAAAGCUGCUUGAGAAAUUUGGCUCUGUUGGCGACGCCAAUGUUUUCUACUGGUUUCAGAAUCGCCGCUCCCGGUCUCGCCGCCGCCAGCGUCAGCUUCAGGCUGCCGCCACUCACCAAGCUACCGGCGGCGGCGGCGGCGGCGGUGGUGGUGGUGGUGGCGGUAACGGCGGUCGCUACAAUAGUGGUGUUAUGAAUUUUGCUGGUUCCUCCUCUUACUUCGGAGGUGGGUCGUCGUCGUCGUCGUCCUCUGCUUCUGGUGGCGGUGGCGGCGGUGGUAGUAGUGAAAGUGGGUGUUUUUCCAUGGUGGGUCAUAUGGGUUUGUCGGAAAUUGAUCAGCAGAUGGGUGUGGCGCCGUCUUUUUGUCCGCCGGAAACCUUAAACUUGGAGUUUCAAUCAGGGUAUAAUAUUAUAAUAUUCAUAAAUGGAGUUCCGACAGAAGUGCCAAAAGGGCCAGUGGACAUGAAGGCAAUGUUUGGGCAAGAGACAGUGUUGGUUCAUUCAUCAGGACUACCAGUUCUUACCAAUGAAUUUGGAAUCUCUCUGCACUCUUUGCAGCAUGGUGAAAGCUAUUUUCUGGUUUCAAGACCGACAUGAGUUAGGAAAGAAAGCAGCUACCAGCAGCAAGCAGCAACAAACAACAGCGCCGACCAACAAGACAAUUCAUAACAAAUCUCUGUCUUUCAAAUC